GGAGUCCGAGCGAAGCGUCAGCGUGAGCAGAACCUGGAUCCGGAUCAGAUCUGAAGAUGAGACGCGUCGUCAUUUUGUUUGCUGUGUUGUGUAUGUGUGAUAGUGUGUCUCCAGCUGUGUUGUGUAUGUGUGAUAGUGUGUCUCCAGCUGUGAAGUUUGGUCAGCUCUGCAGUGGAAACUCAGAGAACAGUCGGAGGACGUCAGACAGCUGGGGACAGGGUCACUACGGAGCCAGACGGGGAAACAGGGACCACAGAGGUUUGGACAUCAUGUGCAGCGACGACUCGAUCGUCUACGCUCCGUUCGAUGUGACUCUCCACGGAAAAGUCAUCGUCUACACCGACCCUGAGAAGGCUGCCAUAAACAGCGGCAUCAACCUGGAAGGAGAAGGUCUGUGCUUUAAGCUGUUCUACGUCAGGCCGGACCGGACCUCCGGAUCCGUGAGGAAGGGGGAGAGGAUCGGCAUCAUGCUGCCGAUGCAGAGCGUUUACCCGGGAAUCACAUCACACAUCCAUGUCCAGAUGUGUGACAAGACUGACCCCACACCGUACUUCUGACCGACUCACCGAUAACUUCUGAAACCUUUAUUUGUAGCCUGUAAACCAGCAGAACAUUCAGAGUCCUGUUUUCUUCCAAAUAAAAUGAACAAAGGUU